UCCCUCGUCGCCGUGGCUCCCAUCCCACCCCACACCCAUCGCCCUCGCGCUGCAGACGCCUGGGGGAUGACGACUAGCGUCUCUGCCUACACCAACCUCGAGUCGCUCCUGCUGUUCCAGUGCCUCCAUGCCUAUGGCGUCGGCCCCUCCGUCUUCGCCCGCAUCUCCGACCUGCUGAAGAAGAACCCGGACAUCACCACCCACAAGUACUUCCAGGCCGGCCGCCUCAGCCCCGAUGCCCUGCGCAACUUCUACCUCGAGCGCCUGAAGAGAGAGCUCGAGCAUGAGCAAGCCACCGACAGCGACUCCCACAACGGCGAUGUCGCGAGCCCGACCAAGCGAAAGAGACAGAGCCCAAGCCUGCCCACCGUCCAGGAAUCCCUCCAGCACCAACACUUGAUCCCCAAGCUCGUCACCAAGCUCUAUGCCUCAUACCGCUACGAGAUUGCCGAACAGAUCAGGGCCGAGGAGGAUAGAUAUGAGCGACUGCAACGCGAACUGAAGAGCAUCGAGCGUGGAGAGUGGGACGACCAACUUAGAGACAAGGCCAACGGACAAACAUCUGCCUUGCGAAGCCCUGCCUUGCCCCGGAACUGCGCCUGCUCAAAAUGGACAGCAAUCGCCAUCUCAGUCCAAGAGGCAGCCUUCUACGCCACAAUCGCACCCGACGCCGCCUCCGCCAACAGCACAUCAAGCCCAGCCUGCGCCGCAUCACGCAGCAUACAACAGCACUCAAUAUCCAAACAUCACCCCCUUUCCUCAGGCACAGACACCUCAAAAUACACAGCAUCAGCCUGGUCCACACGACCAUGCCGGCCACCUAUCCCCAGCGCUGUGCCGCCGCACCCCCAAGCCUCGACACCUACGAACAACCGACAGCCGUCACGCACGAGUUUGCAAACGCCCGGCACUGGCAGAGCAGGCGCGCCGCCAAUCCAUCCUCUCGUCACUCAGGCGAGACAAUCACUCACGACACCUUCUGCCGCGCACUCUCCACAAAGUUCUAUGGGAACUCCCGUGUCUGCAAAGAGUUUAUGGAAGCGAUCUAGUUUCAAUGGGACACAGUCUACUUCUUCAAGCCCACGUCCAGAGGUGGAGCCACUCGAUGAUGUGCCGCCCCUAGUCCGCUCGAAUCAGAGUCCCGCUAAAACCAAGUCACAGCGCAAGUCCAGGGCAAAGGGCAAAGGAAAAGAUCCAGACCAGGAUUCCGUACCAGACGCCGAAACCCCGCAAAAUUCCAAGCUAAUCAACGACCACGAGGAAGAAUCUUUGGCGGAGCCCGAAACUCGAUCUGGGCGUUCGCGACGAAAAGCACCGGCAAGGCGAACAAGACCCGGAAGCAUUGCAUCUUCAAGAGCUGGUGGUUCUGUGCGAGACCGAAGCAGAAGUCAGUCAAUUCUCUCUCAUACCGAUACGGUAGCGGCAGACAAUGAGUCGCAAACUGGCAAUAGGAUCAAGUCGGAGCGAGGAACCUCUGUCGAGGCUAUUGACGAAGAAGCUACUGCCGAAACACCGUCACAUAUGUCUACCCGACGUCGAGGAGCAGCCGCAAUGUCGUCACUUUCAACGCGUCGAAAACGCAAUGCCCGCGAAGCUUCCCUUGAGGCCGAAGACGCUUCAUUUGGCACGCCUGGUCCUCCACGAUCUAUCAUAGCACCACGUAAUUUUGCACGCACGACAGCCCCUAUGAUGUACGACAUCAAUUCUCACAAGCACGCAUCUACAUUCAAUACUGCAGUUCGCGCCAAGGACGCAGAAGGCUACUACGACAUUAUCAAGCGCCCGACAGAUUUGUCUUCCAUAAAGAAAGCCAUCGCAGCAGGCUCAAAGCAGGUUGCCGCUGCUGCAGCGGCGUCGGAAAACCCAACUGCUAGUCCUGGCGGUGCAACCGGAGGUCUCGUUGAGCUUCCCUUUACAGCAGACAACGUACCUCCAAAAGCCAUUGUCAACGCGGCGCAGCUUGAAAAAGAACUCAUGCGCAUGUUCGUCAAUGCCGUUAUGUUCAACCCCGGGGAAGAAGGUGUGGUUAACGAUGCGAGAGACAUGUUCCAGACUGUUCAGGGGCUCGUCAGCACAUGGAGAGACGUCGAGAGGGAUAGCGGCAAGGCGGGUAAUGAGGGCACCCCUGCCGCCGAGGAAGAGGAUCCGCCCACGGCCAGCAAGCGGAGGAAGCUAUAG